CUGAAAACCUUUCAUCUAUUGGAGAUGAUAAAGUGUUUUUUAGUUUGUAACGUUAGUCUACUCAUGAGGAAAUUUACUGUAACGGAAAAUGCAAGACUCCCUUUAUCAUAUUUUCUGAAGUGACUGAAUCCAUACCUCCACCAUGGUGUAUGGACAGGUUUUACACCAUAAGAGCAAUGAAGAGGAUCUGGUUAACAUCAAUGUUGGAGGUAUCCGGCACAAGGUGGAGCGUUGCAUUCUGCUCCGGUUCCCAAACACACGUGUGGCUCAGUUACUGCAGUGCUGUAGCAUCUCAGCCAUCCUGGAGCUCUGCGAUGACUACAACCCCACCGAGCAGGAAUAUUACUUCGACAGGAGCCCACAAUUCUUUAACUGUGUCCUCAAUUUCUACCGCACUGGACACUUUCAUGCUUUGGAGGACCUCUGUGUGUUUUGCUUCAUUCAGGAGAUGGAAUACUGGGGUCUUUGCGUCAUGGAUCUGGAAGCCUGCUGUCUCGAUUGGUUUUUUGAGCGAAAAUAUAAGAAAGAGAAGAACCUGGAGUCUGCUUGCGCUCCGUCGCCUGAAGAGAUCUCGGCUGCCAGCAGUGACCUGACAUUUGAGGGCACGUGGUGCUCAGAAACACGCAAGUUUAUGUGGCAGACCCUCGAAGAUCCCAGUUUCUCCAGAUGUUCAAAAGGCUUAGCGGUGUUGUCGGUCGUGAUCAUUUUGACCUCCAUCGUGGCCAUGUGUGUCCACAGCAUGCCCGAAUACAGACACAUAACUUAUACAGAUUUUUCUGUACUAGCCUGCUUAGAGAUAAUCUGUAUUAUUUUCUUCACGGUGGAGUUUGCCCUGCGAAUGUUCGCUGCUCCUCGUCCUUGGAAGUUUUUGAGAAAUCCUUUGAAUAUCAUCGACCUCACUUCUUUCUUGCCCUUCUAUGUGAUCCUGGCCUUUGAAGGUUUGAAUGAGAAAGACAGGGAAAGUCUGGUCAACGUCGAAGAGGUGGUUCAGAUUCUCCAGGUAAUGAGGGCUUUCAGGGUCCUGAAACUUGCGAGACAUUCAGAAGGUGUGAGAGCUUUUGGUGAUACCUUGAAAGCUUCCCACCAUGAGGUGCAUCGUCUUCUUCUUUUCAUUGCUGUUGGAAUACCGUUCUUCUCAACUUUGAUGUACUACAUGGAGAAAGACGAAGCUUCAUCCACAAUGUCCUCCCUUUCUUAUUGCUGUUGGUGGGCCAUUGUUUCUCUGACAACAGUGGGCUACGGGGAUGUAUAUCCACAGACUUUGGCCGGGAGAAUCGUAGCUACCAUUUGCAUUCUCUGUGGUUUACUUGUUGUUUCUGUACCCAUCUCCGCAAUCAUGGACAACUUUGCCAAGUAUUUUGAGAAAAAAAUGCUAAAAAGUGACUUCCACCCUUUACCAGCGGCUUCAAAAUGUUAGUUAUGAUAAUGCUGGGCUUAAAGACAUGGCUUUGAGGUUUGUAAAUCAUAGGUGUUUUAUCUCAUUAUUAACAUUAUCUACAAAUGUCUAGGUAAUUCCUAUUCCUAUAAAUGCCAAACAUGUUGCAACAUACACAGUAAAUGUGUAACUUACAA